GCGGAGGAGACGCGAGGCGACGUCAGCGGCGCCCCGCCCAGUCAGCCAGGUUGCGCGUGCCCAGGGCGACCGCCAAGAUGGUGGUGGGCGCGUUCCCCAUGGCGAAGCUGUUCUACCUGGGCAUCCGGCAGGUCAGCAAGCCGCUGGCCAACCGCAUCAAGGAGGCCGCCCGCCGCAGCGAGUUCUUCAAGACCUACAUCUGCCUGCCCCCGGCCCAGCUGUACCACUGGGUGGAGAUGCGGACCAAGAUGCGCAUCAUGGGCUUCCGGGGCACAGCCAUCAAGCCGCUGAACGAGGAGGCAGCGGCAGAGCUGGGAGCUGAGCUGCUGGGUGAGGCCACUAUCUUCAUUGUGGGCGGAGGCUGCCUGGUCCUGGAGUACUGGCGCCACCAGACCCAGCAGCGCAACAAGGAGGAGGAGCAGAAGGCAGCCUGGAACGCGCUGCAGGACGAGGUGGGCCGCCUGGCGCUAGCACUGGAGACACUACAGGCUCAGGCACAGGCCACGCCCUCUUUGAGCGCCCUGGAGGAGCUGCGUGCUGAGCUGCAGGAGGUGCGCGCUCAGGUCUGCAACGUGCACUCCACUGCCAAGUGCCAUGCAGCGUCUUCCAAGAAAUAGCCAGCGGCUGGGGCC